AUGGCGGCGGCGGGGCCCGGCUCGGUGCCGGAGGCCCCGGGCGGGUCCGGGGCAGCCCCGGGCGGGCCCCGAGCGGCCCCGGAGGGUCCCGGGGGCGGAACCGGGCCCGGCAGCGGCUCCGGCAGCGGCCGCGGAGCGCCCGGAACCGCGGGGAGCGCCCGGGACGCGGAGGUGGCGGUGGAGAUCGGGGAGACGUACCUGUGCCGGAGGGCGGACGGCAGCUGGCACUCGGCCGAGGUGAUCCAGUCCCGCCUGAACGAGCAGGAGGCGCGCGAGGAGUUCUACGUGCACUACGUGGGCUUUAACCGGCGCCUGGACGAGUGGGUGGACCGGAACCGCCUGGCGCUCUCCAAGAGCCUCAAGGAGGCCGCCCAGAAGAGCUCGGAGCCGUUCCUGGGCGAGCUGGCCGAGCCCGAGAGGAAAAUCACCCGGAACCAGAAACGCAAACACGACGAGAUCAACCACGUGCAGAAGACCUACGCCGAGAUGGACCCGACCACGGCGGCGCUGGAGAAGGAGCACGAGGCUAUCACCAAGGUGAAGUACGUGGACAAGAUCCACAUCGGGCACUACGAGAUCGACGCGUGGUACUUCUCGCCGUUCCCCGAGGAUUACGGGAAGCAGCCCAAGCUCUGGAUCUGCGAGUUCUGCCUCAAGUACAUGAAAUACGAGCGGAGCUACCGGCUGCACCUGGGGCAGUGCCAGUGGCGGCAGCCACCGGGCCGGGAGAUUUACCGCAAGGGGAACAUCUCGGUCUACGAGGUGGACGGCAAAGACCACAAGAUCUAUUGCCAGAACCUGUGCCUGCUGGCCAAGCUGUUCCUGGACCACAAGACGCUCUACUCCGACGUGGAGCCCUUCGUGUUCUACCUGCUCACCGAGGUCGAUCGCCAGGGCGCGCACAUCGUGGGCUACUUCUCCAAGGAGAAGGAGUCUCCGGACGGGAACAACGUGGCGUGCAUCCUGACGCUGCCGCCGUACCAGCGCCGCGGCUACGGGAAGUUCCUCAUCGCCUUCAGUUACGAGCUGUCCAAGCUGGAGAGCACCGUGGGCUCCCCGGAGAAGCCGCUCUCGGACCUGGGCAAGCUGAGCUACCGCAGCUACUGGUCCUGGGUGCUGCUGGAGAUCCUCAGGGACUUCCGGGGCACCCUGUCCAUCAAGGACCUCAGCCAGAUGACCAGCAUCACGCAGACGGACAUCAUCAGCCCAGUGACCAUUGCCAGGGUGCUCAGUGCCAUGAGUUCGAUGGUCACUGCCAUGGGUCAGUGGUCACUCAGGGGUCACUACCACGGCCAGAUGACCAGCAUCACGCAGACGGACAUCAUCAGCCCAGUGACCAUUGCCAGGGUGCUCAGUGCCAUGAGUUCGAUGGUCACUGCCAUGGUGGUCACUCUGCUCUCCAGCCAGAUGACCAGCAUCACGCAGACGGACAUCAUCAGCCCAGUGACCAUUGCCAGUGACCAUUGCCAGGGUGCUCAGUGCCAUGAGUUCGAUGGUCACUCCCAUGGCCAGAUGACCAGCAUCACGCAGACGGACAUCAUCAGCUCAGUGACCAUUGCCAGGGUGCUCAGUGCCAUGAGUUCGAGGGUCACUCCCGCGGUGGACUCCAUCUGCCUGCGCUGGGCGCCCCCGAAGCACAAACAGGCCAAGGUGGCCAAGAAGUGA